AGGCAGACAAGUCAGCCCAGAGACCUCUGAACAACAUCUAAGAAAAUAAGAGGCAGAGAGCCAUGCAGAGUCCAACCAAGAUGAACAACGGGCCGAACCCUGUGACCACAGCAACCAAGGAGCAACCACUGGACAGCGAGACUGAUGGGACCUGUCCAACACAGAGUGAACCAGAUGCACAAGAAGACAGUAAAUCAGCUGCUCCUUUUGACAACGAAACAGUCAUCACACCACAUGAGAAUGAACAGAGAGCAGAAGCACCUACAAGUGUGGCAGUCACACAAGCUACAGUGAAUAAGUCUGCCGUUCAGUCACUGGCUGAGCCAUCUGGCAACACAGGAGAGGUGGAGACGGACUCGGGUACAAAGCCAAGUGCCCCCACAGAACCACGAGCUGAUACAAAUACAAAUCCUGGAAGUGAGGUGCAAAAAGCAAAGAAACAGGAUAAAAUUGUACGUGAUGGUAGGAAAUAUGUUCCGUCCAAGAAGGCCAUGAUAGAUCCUCUGAAGAUGGACAUGUCAAAGCCACUCGUUAUUCCUCUUACAUCGUCUCAGCUCUCCCUGCAGUGUAUGGAGUGCCACAUAAUCUUCAGUGAUCACAAAAGCAAAGAGCGUCACUUGAAGUUGAGCCACCCAGCAGAAUAUGAGCAAUGCAUACUGAGAAACGCACUCUUCGCCUGCUAUGUUUGCGAUCGUCACUUCACAAACUCCAUUGAACUCAUGGCCCACCAGAAAGCCCACAUAGAGAAGAAACCCUUCAAAUGUCCAAUCUGUAGCCAAGCAUUCAACAAAUCGUCAGAGCUCACCCUCCAUAAAAAAAUUCAUUUUGGCCAGGAUGGUUAUGCCUGCACGGACUGUGGCAAACCAUGCAAAACCCUGACGUUGCUUAAGUACCACCGCCGCACACACACUGGAGAGAGGCCUUAUGUUUGCAAGGAGUGUGGGAAGAGGUUCAGCAUGUCCAAAGCUUUGCAGAAACAUAUGGUGUCACAUUUGCCAGAGGGAGUUGAAGAAGAUAAGGGUGACGCCACAUCCAAAGCAAGGCUGAAGAAAAAUGAUGGUGUUUCUACAGUUAAGUACCCCUGUCCUGUAUGCAAGGCCACUUUCAAGACUACCAAAACACGGCUACAUCACAUGAAAACCAAGCACAAUAUGUUACCUGCAGCAUCCAAUAACACCCUUCCAGCUGGGCAGCAAGUGAAACCAAAUACUCCAAUCAUAACUCCCAUAUCAAUUUGCCAACCAGCACUACUACAGGUGGAGCCCAAUGGACCUCUCCAAAAAGUUGAUGCUGAUAUUGACACAGAGCAGAUUCGCAGACUAAUUGAAUCUUUGGGAAAUGUGCAGAAAGUGAACCAGGUUGUCAUAUUGGGGCAGGUGCCACUGCAUGCCCCCCCAUUGGAAGUGCAGCAGGUAUCAGAACUUUCAGAACCAGUAUCUUUGAAUUUGAAUCCAGCCCAGAUAGAUUUCACAGGACUAAAACAGAUAGAACAGAAGGUAGUAGAACUGGAUUUUUCAAACACAUAUGAUCCAAUGGAGCAAACAAUCAUACUUGAACCAAUUACUCCAGAUGGACAGUUGGAAAACCUAUCUUUAGGUUCUCACAUAGCAGCAGGUGAAAACAUUGAGCUAACCCUUGUUCAAAGUGAACAAAUAGAGAGACCUGAGGGAGAGAUGAUGCAUCAAAUUCUUCAACAGCCUGAGAUUAAUGCAAUUCAGUCUGUUCCCAUGGAUCAAGGGGUUUGUCAUUAUGAGGGAGCUGACCUCAAACAAAACUUUGAGCAAACUGUCAUAUUAGAACUUACCCCCACCUUGAUACCAACUGUGGAGCUUGAACAGUCCCAAAAUAUGCAACCAAACGAAAUCCCAUCCACUUUAUUUGUACCAACUACUGAACUGAAAAAGACUCCUGGUCCCACUAUAGUACGUGAGCAGGAGACCAGCCUGUCAGUCCCACCAUUUAUGCCUACAGUUGAGCUGGAAAUGACACCUUUACAAACAGAACAACACGAGCUUCCUACUUGCCCUUUUGUUCAAUCGGACACACCUAGACAAACUCCAAAUGAAUCUGAAACUAAUCUCAAAGAAGAAGCAGAUUCACAGAUGCAAAUGGUAAGUCUAGAUCAGGCCCACUCAUUGACAAACAGUGCCACGCCACAAGAGUCCCCAGAGAACACUGCACAAGAACCAUCUGAGGAAUUGCUGGUAGAGAGAAGGAAGAGUCAGGAACAGGUGGAGAACCUGUCUGAAGUAAAGGACACAUUUCCUAAAGAGAUGGUCUCAUCACAAUUAGAUACCAAGGAGGUGCCACAGAUCUCAGAGUUACCAGUAAAUGUAAUGUCAGCUCAAGAACUGGUGAAAGUACGGAAAAGAAAGCCAGCAAGGGCGUUUAUCUUUCAAGGGUAUAUGCAAGAACUCAUAGGGUCCAUACAAAAUGAGGAUUUACAAAUUGGUGCCAAACCUGCCAAACGCCAAAGAACAAAAGGAUCUCAUCUUGUUGUUAAGUUUGGCCCACAAAGUAAAGAGAGAAAAAAUAAAAAACAGAAGAAGCAAUCACAGCAACGCCAGUCAAUCCAGGAAGAAGUGACAAGAGGUAAAACAACAAAUCUCUCAGAUAAAAAGGUGUCCUCUCAGAAAAAGGGAAGAAAAGGGAAAAAAGACAAGAAAGCAGGGCAUUCAGUAUCGACAACUGAAAUAAAAUCACCUUCAUUAACCAAGGACCCAAAUGUGCCUCAAAUCAAAGAGGAUACAAGAAAAAUUAAAAUGAAAAAGCAAGAAGAUGUGGAUGUGGCUAGGGAUGAUGUUCAGCCCGUAAGUGAGAACAAGGCUGUGGCCUCACCUGUAUUUAAAAAGAAAAAACAAUCAAAAAUAAUGCAAAAAGGUCGGUCCAAAAAUGCAAACAAUGGGAAGAUGACAAGGAAAGAACGAAAGAAGAAGGACGCAAAAAUUGGUACAAAAGCGAGCACUGCCUCAGCAGACACACCUGGCCCACAUAUAACACAAGAUUCCCUCCUUCUGCUGAAAGGUCAUAAACAGCCUCAGCUGAAAGUUCACAAGUUAGACCCUUUAAAGGCACCAGGGCAGGCUCAAGAAGCUUCACCUCAUGAUUCCCCAACAUCUCCACAUACAACAAAUGAGUCUGCAAAUAAUCUCACAACUGAAGGUAAGAAAAAAGGAGGGAGACCCAAAAAGAACCAGAAAGCUCUUUCAUUGCUCUCCUCUCUACAGGUGCCCCAACAACCUCCUGAAACUCUGCCCAUUGAGCCAAAGACAACCCGGAAACGUAAAGCCUCCUCGAAAGUGGAAACAGAAGGAGUGAUAACCUCCUCUCACUCCAAGCGUGUCUUAGAGUGUAAGAACUGUGGGGAAAGAUUUAGUGAAGUCUCGUCUCUUCAGAAGCAUAAGGCAACAGUGCAUAUUGUAGAGAGUCCUGGUCUUACUUACACCAAUGGUAACGUCUUUGAAGGGGUCUCUAGGUUAGAUCUUAAUCAGCUUCCAAAGAAGCAUGGUGGGGUCAUUGGGGUAAUGACUGCUGCUACAGGCUGGGAUACUGAGCCUGAGAUGGGGGAGAUGACAUUAGAAGACAGCGACCGAAGUGUCUCUUUUCCUGCUUUGAUUCCAUCUCCAUCUUUACCUGUUCCACCUACCGAUCUGGAAAUGAUUGGAUAUGAAAACAAGGGUGGAGAUGAGACUGGAACAGAUAGUCAGUCGCAUACCAUAUCAAACAUUCCCUCAAUCUCUGAUCAAAUUAAAAAUACCUCAUCUGAAUGCCAUUUAAAUACCUCUACCCAGACAAAGAAUCUUGAGGCAGGAGAGCCUUUGGUGUUAGAUGCAGACAAGCAAGAAGAAGGUACCCUGAGGAAUCCCAGUUCAGAAUCUGAAGUCCAGGCUACAACGGAUGAAGACAUCAAGGAGGAUUUACUUCUUGAGGUAGAUUUAGUCACUGUUGGGGAGCACAAUGAAAGAGACGAUAUAGCCUCACCGCAAGACAGCAUUUCCCAAAAUGGAUUAAAUGGAACCUGUAAUACAACUACUGGAAGCACUGGAACACUCAUACCUCCUGAUCAAGUUGAUAAUGAAACAACUGAAAAAAGUCAGUCUUCGCAUACUGUGUCAUGUGCCACGCAACAAGUAGAGAUCAAGGAAGAGGAGGAAGAGGUGCUUGUACAGAAGAAAAAAGGAGGCAAAGGAGCUGCAACAAGGAACGCUACAAGGGGUAGGACGCGAGGAACGGGACAUCCAAAGAGGGGUGUGAUCUCAAGGAAAGUUUUAGCUACAGAUGCCAUCAGAGGAACAGAAUCAGAGAAAGAACAGGAUGAUUGCCAUGUAGUUUUCGAAAAACAUGCUGUCGCCUCUGAUUCAGAAACAAAUGCAGAAGGUGAGACCUGUAUACAGACUUUGCAGCCAGAGAUCAGUCCUGAAUUUGAUGCUAAUGAAGGUACUUUUCCCGUCACAUCUUUGCCUUCCAUGCCUUCUACGUUAGAAAGAUCUCCUGAAGAGCAAGUUGUGUUUGAGUUGGAGUCUGUUACCACAAAUGUUGAGGAGGUAAUGAAUGAAACAGGACUGCAAAGAGGAGAGGAUGAGCAUAACGGGGUUGCUGACCAAUCUCCAGUCAUCAUACUUGAGAAGUUCCUUACCUCUAGCCAAAGAGCGAUGGCUGACAAUGAGCAUUGCUUGAUGACAGCAAGGAACAAUCAAAGACAGGGUUUGGACCGCAUUGUAGAGAAUGAAGUACAGGGCCUUGGGAGCCAGGAGAUCAAAGUUGAAGAGAACAUCUCAGAUCCACCUCCAGUUGCACCGACUUGUCAAGAUAAACAAAGUGCAACUGUGCAGCCACAGCCCCAUCGUGAUAUAAGGACUGUUCUGGUGAAGGAGGAGAAUAGCCUCAUUCUGAAUGAUGGUCAGGACACACAGGGCUGCAGACACAUCCGAUGGAACGUGGAGCAAAUAAACAUUGAAAACUCAGCCAGUCCAUUAAUGGAGAUUGGAGAUACAUGUCGUGUUACCCCUGACUUCAAUGCCAACCACUGUAUCUUCUAUCCAGUGAAGGAAGAAGAAAGAGAGGUUCUGCUGGGAGCUGCUCAAACUAACAAUGGAAGUUUAACCACUGAGGCAUCCACUGAUGCCCAACAGACAGAAGAUCAAACAGCAGAUUGUAUUUUACAUGAAGGGAAUCAUGUCACACGAGAAUACCAGGAUACAAGAGUGAGAAGUCUAAUGCCAGAACCAGGUGAUAACUUUGCAGGUGGAGAAGACACUGAAUGGCAGCAUCCACCAGACCUGCAGAGCUUUCUUCUCCAGAGUUCUGAUGAGGAGGACAUUGGAAGUUUUGAAUUGUCUAAUCCUCACAUCUACUCAGAAGCAGAAGCAAUGGCCUAUUUCUACAAGAACCAAAAAAACAGCUCACAACAGCCAGAUGAAACUUCACAAAAGUUGCCAACUUCAUCCAGCCAGCUCCACGCUUCAGGACAGGAGAGCAGGAUCAGAGAGCCCAUUGAUUACUUUUCCAAGUAUUUUGGUUGGGAUACCUGGGUAGAAAUUGCCCACUGCACAGACAAAAUGUCCAGCAUGCCUAUCCCUGUCACAGCCAGAGAGGUGGCGCAGUUUGUUGGGAUCCACAUUGCAAUGGGAACUUUGAAGUUUCCCUGUCCCAAGCUCUACUGGGAGGAAUUGACUAAAGUGCCCUUGAUUGCUGAAGCCAUGCCACUUUCCCGGUUCCUUGAGCUGUCAGGCGUGUUGAAACUAGCUUCUCCUGCAAAGACAUCAGCCAACAGUAAUGUUGGAGAAGAAAGAAAUGAUAGUGACUUUCAAGAUGCGCAUCAAGGUAAAACUUUCACAAGCGGGCAAAGUGAAAAUUCUCAGCAUGGUGACAGGCAUUGCCAGGGGAAUACACUGAAUGUCCUGAACAGUUCAAAAACACAGAAGGAUCCCUUGUGGAAGGUUCAGCCAUUGUUGGGCCGCUUCCUAGAGGGGUGCCAGUCUUUAACACGAGAGGGUGAUUCUGCAGUUGAUCAGUAUCCACUUCCUUUGACUGGCAAGAUGUACAAUAACAAGCUAUCUCUCUACUGCACUACAUUAAUUGGAUUUGGGGGUUUACUCUUACAUGUGGAUCUUAAACUGGAUCUGUCAGACAAAGAAAAUGCUGUAGAAAAAAUGGUCCCAAAAGGUAGUAUGGUGUUCCUGUGCAAGCAGGAACUUUCCACCCCUGCAAUGCUUGAACGCCUGUUAGUUGCUGGAAUCCAUGGUGCAGGCAGGGUGGGAGGAGAAAGAGGACAGAUUGGGGAUGAGUUUGUAAGCUCAAAUGGGAAGCUAAUGUUACGCAGAUCACACUGUGGGUUCAUACUUUCUACUGCGGGACAUGGUCAGAGAAACAUGGCCUCUCUGAUUGACAACUUUGAGAAGGCCCAAAUGUCGGCUCGUCUCAACAGAGAUUUGCAAAACCUUUACUCUAUCCCUCUCACUGCCGCCACUCCAACUUGCUGGCCUCAAGCAGUGCUCUGGUACCUCACAGAUCUGGCUUUGGUCAACUCCUGGCUCCUGUACAGACAGGAUCACAGGGCAGCAUCUGCACCUUUGACGCUCAUGGCCUUCAGAUUGGAGGUGUCCAAAGCUUUGAUCCUCUCCAGCAGCUCAGACACCCAGGACUCAGUUCCACCUCAACCCCCUACAGAGAACACUCAUACAACAAAUGAAACCCCCAAUCCUAGUCUGUUAGAGGAAAGUCCUCUCCCAGAUGCAGCCACACGGUACGAUGGUUUGGGCCACUGGCCAGAACAGCUCGGGGAGGGAGAAGGGGGCAGGUGCCGCUUUGGGGACUGUCAGAGAACAUCUCGAGUGCUAUGCCUUAAAUGUUGUGUCUUUCUAUGCAUCUCACGCAACCACAACUGCUUUUUAAAUUUUCAUAAUCAAUGCAGUUCGGGAAAAGAGUAGCAUUCAUAACAGAUUUCCCCUUUUUUGUUAACAUCUUGCUUUCUGAUCCAGAAUGUAACUGUGCUUUUGGUCAAAGUCAAAGUCAGCUUUAUUGUCAAUUUCUUCACAUGUUAAGGCAUACAAAGGAAUCGAGAAGACGUUUCUCACUAUCCCACGGUGGAACAGAUAAAGUGCACAGGCACAACAGAUAAGACAGAUGAAUCUAAAUGUAAAUCCAGUUUAUCAAAAAGUAGUAUCAUUUCGUCUGUCCUUACAACUUUUCCAUGAUGCCUUUCACUGGCAGUGUCUCACUUUUUGUAGGAUAAUUGUGCUGCAAUAUCAAAAAAUGAAAUGCUUUGUGAUGUGGCUUGUGAUGUCAUUGAGCAGGUGUAAAAAUGAAUUUGCCUUCAGAAAGAUACGUGAAAAGAGUCAUAGCCAUACACUUUGUGCUGCAAAGAAAGUGAAAAUUAUUAUUUUAACAUUGCGGACACCAUGAUGUUUUUUACUAUUUAUUUUAGCCUGAUGUAAUUUACAGUCAUGAAGAGCUUGUUUUGGCUCUAUGGAUUUUAACAUUAUUUAUUUGAAUUUCAGAAAACAAUAAAAGACAGAUUUUAAAAAUG